AUGGUUUCUUUUUCCAGAGCACUCGUCACUUUGGCGACUGUUAUUGGGGUCAUUGCCAGUCCUACUGGAGAACUCAUCGAGAAGCGCCAAUCCACUCCAAGCUCGACUGGAUACCACAACGGAUACUACUACUCGUGGUGGACUGACGGAGGGUCUCAAGUCACUUAUACCAACGGUGCUGGCGGCUCUUACAGCGUCAAUUGGGGAGGUGGCGGCGGGAAUUUUGUUGGAGGCAAGGGCUGGAACCCGGGAGGUUCCAAAACCAUCAACUACUCUGGCACAUACAGUCCGAACGGGAACAGCUACCUGGCUGUCUACGGCUGGACUCAGAAUCCUCUGAUUGAGUACUACAUUGUCGAGAACUAUGGCACCUACAACCCAGCUUCCGCUGCUACGAAGAAGGGCUCUGUCACUAGUGACGGCGGUACUUAUGACAUCUAUGUCAGCACCCGCGUCAACCAGCCCAGCAUUGAGGGCACUAAGACAUUCCAACAGUAUUGGUCCAUCCGAACCUCCAAGCGUACUGGCGGUACUGUUACAACUGGCAACCACUUUGCCGCUUGGGCGUCGGUCGGACUCAACCUCGGAACCCACAACUACAUGAUCGUGGCCACCGAAGGAUACUUCAGCAGUGGAUCCGCUAGCAUUACCGUUAACACUCCUGCUUGAUGGUGGGGAAGUGUCAUCUGAAAGGCAGGAACCUCGCCCGAUUCCCGGUGGGACCAAGGUAGGGCAAUACACCUAUCUUUCAUAAAUGAUCAAAGAUGGAGCUGCCAGUCGCCAGUUUCUUUCUAUUAUACAUAUCACUCAAUUCUUUUGAAAAAAAAUCGACACUUAGUUA